UCUGGUGCUUAGGUUGUGGCCUGAGGGUACUGAGGACCUAUGAGGAAGAUGGGGAGGAGGAAGGCACAGGCCCUUUGUAGAUACCCUCGCCAGCGCCUUCUCCAGAUCCUUCAAGGCUCAGGUGGUUGAGGUGCCUCUGGGAGAUCGUGCCUGGCCUCACCCCCCGCAAAGUUUCAUUGGCUCCUCUGUACUUUUGAAUUCAUGUCUCCCAUCCAUAUCUGUUUGUAUAAAAUUGUCUCCUCUCCAUCUCUACAUGCUGGCUUUUUUGUAGCUAAACCUGCAUCUUCCACAUCUCUGUCUCCUUGGGACUUGGAGACUGCCAGCUGAGUAGCACUGACUAAUUAUUUGUCAGAUUGGACUAAUUUAAGAGGGAUGGAAAAGACAGCAGUGGGGGUCCUGUGAGAGGACCUCACACAGGCCAGCUUGAAUUCUCAUCAGCUGGAAAGGAAGUCACAUUCCGGCACCUGGCUGUCUAAAUUUGGUGUGUUGACACUUGCUAGGGACACUUUGAAUAGAUCCUGGAUGCUGAGUUCCUCCAGCAACAGAGGAGAUGCCUUCGUAUAGGAGAAAAGGCUCGAAAACCCUCUGAACAGCCACAGUCUGGAGUUCUCUAGUGACAAGUGGACGCUGAGUCUUUCUUAAAGCGUUCGCUACACUUUGCCUAUCAGAGUUCCAGAAUCUGGGUAUUUGUUAUUAAAAUGGGCAUAGCUAUUAUCGGCUAAUAAUGUCAGAAGAGUAGGAAUCAAGACAAGCUGUUUGCAAUGAAAACAGACAGUCCAUCCUGCUGUCACCUCUGCUGGGGACUGACCACAAUGACCUCUGGCACCUACGGCACAUGGAUGGUGGCUGAAGCAGGGACCGGGGUCCUUCCUUCCUUGUGGAUUUUUAAAUGCUCUCCCCGACCUGCCCAGUAUCAGGCAGCAGUGGCAGCAACAGCAGCAGCAGCCAUCGCUUCAACACAGGGAAUUCAUGAGGACUGAAAAAUGUCCUUGCUGUAUUACCUACGAUUUCGAAGCAGGAGGUGCUGUGGCCUCGGGAACAAGGGAGGCCUUUGUUCAGCAGACCUUGUCUUAGGUGUGGGUGUAACAGAGAUGAGCAAGAUUUGUCACAGGAGGGCCUCUGGUGGCUUACAUCCUAAUGAGAGGGUGUCACAGGGCACACAAGUCACCGUGCAGGUAAAGAUAAUCGUUUCAGAUCAGGCAAAAGGCUGCCUGCCGAGAAGACGACAGUAAAGUAACGCAGCGGGAGAGAGGUCGCGUUUUCAGAUGUGGGCUUGGGAACAGACCAAGGGGUGACAAGAUGGAAGAAUGUUCCAGGCGCAGGAAUGAGUCAGAACAAAGACCAAAGAGAACAAGCUGGUCUUAAAAAGAAGACCAGAAGGAAGCUGGUCAGGUGUGCCUGGAUGGGGUAGAUGCCAAGACCAGAUGCUGGAAACCGUGAAAAGGGAGAAUUCUGUUUUGAGUUCUGAAUAAUCUCCAGUGAUACGCCAAGCUCCUCCAGUCCUCUGAAUCUCCCUGAAGCUGGAAGUGAGAUGGAAGAGAAGGUUGUUCCAGUCAAACCCUCCCGGCCCAAGCGGCACUUCUCUUCUGCGGGCACCAUUGAAAGUGUCAACCUCGACGCCAUCCCCCUGGCCAUCGCGCGCCUGGACAACAGUGCAGCCAAGCACAAACUCUCGGUGAAGCCGAAAAACCAGCGGGUGUCAAGGAAGCACAGGUGGCUUGCCCAGGAUCGUCAGAAUGAGCCAGGCAGCUUUGAGAGUCAGUCUUCCCUGGACCAGAACGGGCAGCCAGGAGAAGACAAGCACAUCUGGCAUGAAGAGGAGCCAGAGCCUCAGGAUUCCCACGAAGAGAAAAGACUCCAGGAAGAGUAUUGGCGGGAACUUGAAGCCAAGUGCAAACGGCAAAAAGCCGAAGCCGCGGAGAAGAGGCGCCUGGAAGAGCAGAGGCGGCAGGCGCUGGAGAGGCGGCUUUGGGAGGAGAGCCUCAGGCAGGAGCUGCUGGAGGAGGAGGAGGAGGAGGAGGAGGAGGAGGGCGAGCAGGCCGACUUGCAGCUAGAGGCAGGGAAGGCUCAUCCCGGGGAAGGGCGGCCGCCUGCCCUGGAAGAGCAGGGUUGUGCAGAGCAAGAGCUGGAGGAAGCCGACGACCCCGGGCGCCUGGAGGCAGAAGAGCGCAGGCGUGAGCAGGAAGAGGCCGAGAGGCAGGCGGAGAAACUGAGGCAGCGCGAGGCCGAGAGGCAGGCGGAGAAACUGAGGCAGCACGAGGCCGAGCUGCAGGAGGAGGAACUGAGGCAGCGCGAGGCCGAGAGGCAGGCGGAGAAACUGAGGCAGCGCGAGGCCGAGCUGCAGGAGGAGGAACUGAGGCAGCGUGAGGCCGAGAGGCAGGCGGAGAAACUGAGGCAGCGGGAAGCUCAGAGGCAGGAAGAGGAACUGAGGCAACGGGAGGCCGAGAGGCAGGAGGAGGAACUGAGGCAGCGGGAUGGCCAGAGGCAGGAAGAGGAGCUGCGGCAGCUCGAGGCCCAGAGGCAGGAGGAGAAACUGAGGCAGCGCGAGGCUGAGAGGCAGGAGGAACUUAGGCAGCGCGAAGCCGAGAGGCUGGAGGGAGAACUGAGGCAGCGCGAGGCCGAGAGGCAGGAGGAGAAACUGAGGCAGCUCGAGGCCGAGAGGCAGCGUGCUCAGGAGGAGGAAGCCAGGAGGAUGCUGCAGGAGUCGAGGCAGGAAGAGGAGGAGGAGGAGGAGGAGGCCAGACGCACAGAAGAGCUGAAAGGGCGGGAAAUGGACGAGGGCCCACAGAGCCCCGAAGGAGAGAGCCAGCCUGGGCUAGCAGACGAGGCUGAUCAGCAAAGCCCACUGCAGCAGCGGGACCUUGAGAAGCCAGAGGAACAAGAAACCCCGGAAUCCGCGGGGCAGAAAGAGAUGGCCCAGGAGCAGACGGAAGAGGCCAAGGUGGCCAGCGAGCCGGCAGGGCAGAGAGGAGACCCGGACGCGGAGUCCGGUGGUGUAGACGUGGAAGGGGGAGAAGCCACCCAGACAGACAUCCCCCUGCCGCAAGAGGGGCAGAUGGGCGGAACGCCGGCCUCGGAGGACAGGAACGAAGCUGUCGCUGCAGAUAACGACCGGAAGGUGGAGGAGCUCCGCUGGCAGGAGGUGGACGAGCGGCAGACCAUGCCCCGGCCCUACACGUUCCAGGUGUCCUCCGGGGGUAGGCAGAUCCUCUUCCCCAAAGUCAACCUGAGCCCGGUGACACCCGCCAAGGACGCGGCGAGCCUGGCCCCAGUGGCCCAGGAACCGCCGGUGCCCCGCGGUGGCGCCCCGCACGCCCUGCCCUCGGCGCUGAGCAUCCCCCACACGGCCAUCCUGGUCACCGGAGCGCAGCUCUGCGGCCCGGCCGUCAACCUGAGCCAGAUCAAGGACACGGCCUGCAAGUCCCUCCUGGGCCUGUCGGAAGAAAAGCGCCCGGUGGACGUCCCCGCGGUGGAGCCCAGGGCCGGUGGCGGCAAAGCCAGGCCUCCCCCGGAGGCGCCGAGCAACGCCGGCGCGCUAGCCGAGUGGGCUUCCAUUCGAUCCAGGAUCCUGAAGAACACGGAGGGUGACCAGCGUGGUGACAGAGAGCCGGCCAGAGCCGCCGGGGACGAGCCCGCUCCCCGAGCUCGGAGCGAUUCCCGAGGGAACGUGCACAGGACGCCGCCGGGCAACGCCAAGUUCUCCAUCAUGUCGGCCUGGCAGAAGUUCUCGGACGGCGGGGCAGAGACCUCCAAACAGAGCUUGGACGGUGAAAGCAUAAGGAAAAAGCCGGGGCCAGCUCCGGGCGAAGAGACAGCACCCCAGCCUCCGCCUGCAGCGGCUCCCGAGCCUCGGAAGGGCCUGGAGAAGCCAGAGGUGAGCCAGGAGCCCCCAGACACCACCGACGGAUGCAAAUUUGCCAAAGACCUUCCAUCUUUCCUCGUUCCAGGCCUGCCUUCUCCGCAGAAAGCUGCUUUCCGCACCGAGUCCACGACCACUUUGGACAGCGAGACCACGAGUGACGUAGGAAAGCCAGAUCCUGUGGUGCCGGGAGGUGAGGAGAAGGCCUCGCCCUUUGGAAUAAAACUGAGAAGGACCAACUACUCCUUGCGCUUCCACUGUGACCAACAGGCCGAACAGAAGAAGAAAAAGAGGCACAGCAGCACAGGAGACACUGUGGAUGGUGGCACCCCCGCAGCCGGGAGCGACCCUGGAGAGAAAGAGCCCGAAGCGGUGACCCUCAAGCAUGGCGCAUCCCUUCCCCAGGAGAAAAAGCCAGCCCUAGCCCCUCGGAGGGACUCCCCCGAAAGCCCUUCUGUCGGUCGCUCGGUUGCUGUAGCCCAGGCGGGGCUACCACCAGCCAGUAGCCAGACCCCAGCUCCAGAGCAGGACAAGGCAGCAAGCAGAACGCCACCAAUGCAGAAGCCGGCCCUGGCUCCCAAGCCCGCCAGCCAGACCCCACCGUCGUCCCCACUCUCCAAACUGAGCAGACCCCACUUGGUAGAGCUGCUUGCUAGGCGGGCUGGGAAGGUGGAUUCCCAGCCGAGUGAGGCUUGCAAGGAGAGCAGAGAGAGCCAGGAGAGCAGUGAUAACCAGCCACCCUCACCAUCCCUGCCAGAGGAGCCGAAGGGGCAGAAGAGGGAUGAGGAAGAGGUGCCAGAAAAGAAACCCGCUUCCCCGCCUCUGCCAGCCAGCCAGCAAGAGAGACCUUCCCUAACUCCUGAAACAGGUAGAAAAGAGAAACCCGUGCUUCAGAGCAGGCACUCUGUAGACGGUUCCAGAUUAGCAGAGAAAGUUGAAACUGCUCAGCCGCUGUGGAUAACGCUGGCGCUGCAGAAGCAGAAGGGGUUUCGUGAGCAGCAGGUAACCCGAGAGGAGAGGAAGCAAGCCCGGGAGGCCAAACAGGCCGAGAAGCUCUCCAAAGACACUGUCAGUGUCAGCCCACAGCCUGGAAGCAGCCGAGUAAGCAGAGCUGGUUCCCUGCACAAGUCCGCCACUCCGUCAGAAGAGAAAAAGCCCGAAACGGCAGUGUCCAGGCUCCAGCGCAGAGAACAACUGAAAAAAGCCAACACUCUCCCCACAUCCGUGACAGUGGAGAUCUCAGACUCGGCGCCCCCAGCCCCGCUGGUAAAAGAGGUCACCAAGAGAUUCUCCACCCCAGACGCUGCCCCCGCAUCUACAGAACCUGCCUGGCUGGCUUUGGCCAAAAGAAAAGCAAAGGCCUGGAGCGACUGCCCGCAAAUCAUUAAGUAAACAGUGACUCCUCCCCAGUUCUGCGGCCAGUCAUUGGCUCUUCUCUUGCCCUUUUUAUUUAUUUAUUUUUUAUAUGAGGUACAGAAACCAAGCGAGGGAAAAGAAGCAUGUUUUAUAGGCUCUAAAAUAAUGUUCAGACACUGCACUGGUGGUGGUCAUUGUAAAGAGUGUGUAUUUGCACAACCCUGGGUCCUGGUGCCUUGAGCUCACCCUAGUUCUCAAGAGACAGUUUUGUCUGAGGGACCACAUGAAGCAAAAUCUGCAAAUGAGAGCUCAGGAGAGCGUGCCAUGCCCAUCCAUGGCCUUCUCACACAUAUGCACACCCAUGCACCAUUUCAGAACAUAUCCUUUUGCCAAUCUUUGUAAAUUUUUUUUGAUUCUCUACUCUUCUAUCCCAAACAUUUAUCCUGCUGUGUUUGCAUAUGUAACAGUGACAUAUGUUCACGUGUACAUAAAACAUGGUGUCACUCUCCUGAAGGCAGUAACUGGAAAAUAAGGAAAAGCUGGCUCCCAACUCUGUGCCUAUGUCUGGUUUUCAUGAAUUUCUCCCCACCCUAAAACCACAACAUAGCAAAUCCAUUCAUACUCAUACUCCAUGGUAUGCCCUGUCAUACCAGUACCCUUUUAAAGACACAGGGACCAUUUGGCCGAGCUGGCUCCUAAGGAACAUUUGUAUUUAAUUUGGAGAAAAGGAAAUUCUGUGACAGAGUUGUCUCUGAGAAUCUCCAUGUAGUACGGGGGCUCUUCAGCAGCCCAGGCAUUCUGAUAUAAUCCAAACGUUAAGAACCUUGUGGCAUGACAACUCUGGUGUAAUCUAGCUUUUCACACUGGGAAGAGAAGGCUUGUCCACCCAAAGAUGCAAAAGUGAGACAAGAAAAUAAAACCAUCACCCCAAACAGCCAUCUCUGUAAGAUAGUUUAGGUUGCUGGCAGUCCAUGCCUCUGGAAUUUCCCCUUGGCCUUUAGGGAAAAUGAACAAGCCAAGAUGUGUAACCUAUUUGUUCUAAGGACUUCCUUUAUUGUACUUGAAUACUUCAGAGUCGAAUGUUCCAAAGCAUUUAAAAUUUAGAGCAUUCACCUUGAUACCUUUAAAAAAAAAAAAAGAAGCAUCUCAGAGUUUUACGUGGCCUUGUUAUCAUACACAUGUGCAUACAGAAAAGGGACUUGGCAGUUUCAAAGCCACAUGUACUUAGGUUGGAUUCUCUAGAUUUGCUUUACAUGACACUAGACAUACCAGCAAAUGCCUACGUACUGCUGGCACUCACUUUGUAUUUCAUGGUGUUGGCAUAUUUUCCUUUCACAGGGGCGGCUUCUUUGCCCAGUGCAGGGGGAGUUGCGCCCCUUUUUUCUCCCACACUGACACGUUUGGUAGCAGACGUCACUCCUUUUCCUCUGUGCUUACUCAAUAUGCAAUGUGCUGUUGUUCUGUCUACGCUGCGGGAUUACAGGGAUGCUGUUUACCACAUAGAAACCAUUUUCUCUCUAGAAACAGUGGCUCAGCCUCAGAAGCAGCUGGCAUGUGUGGUCAAGUGGAAGGCCGUACUGUUGCAAGUUGGAUUUAGUGUUAUAGAUACUGGACCUUCCGACUGUUAAGAAUCAAUGGAACUUUGUUGUUGUUGUUACUACUACUGUAAGCAACGAAUACUCCACUGCACGUUUCCCACACUGGUGUUCAUUUCUAAAUUUUAUGUGUAGACAGUUGUUAGUUCAAUGCUUUCCUCACUGACAUAAUAACACUUUUGAAUGGGAAUCUUCCCACCCAAAGCCCUAGAAUUACAGUGCCACAGUGAUUCUUCCAAACCGACUUCUUCUUCCAUCCCCUCAGCUUUGGCCAGUACACAGUCCUGGCAGUGAACAGGUACAGAAAUAAGAUGGCUAAGAAAGAACAGGGCUGGGCAUGGUGGUGCACACACCUUCUACCCUAGCAUUUGGGAGGCAGAGGCAGGUGGAUCUCUGUGUGUUCAAGGCCGGCCUGGUCUACAUAAUGAGUUCCAGGCCAGCCAAGGCUACAUAGUGGAGACCCUGUCUCAGAACAAGCAAAUUAAAGAAAACCUAGUAGAUGCGUCGAUACUGACUCGAUACCACGACACAGCUUAGUUAAAGUCCCCCACCACUAUCUUUAAAGGAGAAUCCACUGAGGAAAGGGCCGCCAUCGUUCUUGCUGACAAGUGCAUCUUUUACAUUUCAUGUACAAGUCACCCAGACCUGCACUAAAUACCAAUGAAGUGUUACUCUGCUUCAGUUGUUGCACUUUGCUGAGCAACACACUAUGGGGAAGUUCUGUGAAAACAAAAAGUUCGACUUUUUUUUAAAUGAAUGACUGCUAUAUUAAAUAUACAGGCUUUUUUUUUUUUUUAGUUUAAACACACUUCUUAUGGUAAGGUUAUAGAUGAUUAACCUCUGUUCAUAGACUUAUAUAUGGAAGUAGAGUCUUUUGUUUACUUUAAAAAUGUUUCAAGUGCAAUUGUUUAUUAUCAAACCUGAUUGAUUACCAUUAAAUUCUCGUUUUAGCUGGUUAUCUACAAAUGUAUGGUAUGUAGCCACUGCCCCUUCUUGUGAUGUUUAGUUUGCUUAUUUUAAAGCAGCAACAUUAGCUACAAGUGUCUUGCAAUAUUUUUACCAACAAUAAAAUUAAGUAGAUACUUAAUAAAAAAUUCCUUAGUGUGAUUUUAAUAUUAUUUUGAGAUUUUGGUUGUAUACAGUUUGAAUGUAAAAAGAAAAUGUCCAUUAUUUAAGGGAAAAGACCUUUCAAUAAAAUACUGACAAGA